UCUGCCUUUCAUUCCGUAUCUCUGCAGGUGUCCAGGACGGCUGGCCGGCCCAUUGCCUGCGGAGAGGUCUCCCAGUUUCAGGCCCUCGUCUUCCUCGGGGGGCAGCUUACAGCGGCACUUGGCGUCCUGCUCUGCCUUAAUUAUUACAGCAUAGCUCUUGGUGCGGCUUCGCUAUCGCUGGUGAUCACCUACCCCUUGAUGAAGAGGAUCACAUACUGGCCCCAGCUGGUGCUGGGCCUUACCUUUAACUGGGGAGCCCUACUGGGCUGGUCCGCUGUAACAGGCUCCUGUGAUUGGUCAGUAUGCCUGCCACUCUACUUCUCCGGUGUCAUGUGGACGCUGAUCUAUGACACCAUCUAUGCCCAUCAGGACAAAGCGGAUGACGUGCUGGUGGGGGUCAGGUCCACAGCCUUACGCUUCCAGGAGAGGACCAAGCCUUGGUUGAGCGGCUUCUCCCUGGCCAUGCUGGGGGGGCUGGUCUUAGCUGGAGUCAACGCCCAGCAGUCCCUGCCCUACUACGCGGCCGUGUCAGUAGUGGCUGCACACCUAGCCAAUCAGGUCUACACUGUGGACAUCAAUAAGCCAGAUGACUGCUGGAAGAAAUUUGCAUCUAAUCGCAAUCUGGGACUCCUUUUGUUUUUAGGGAUUGUCGCUGGUAAUUUAUGGAAAGAAAGGGAUGGUGCUGCAUUGGAAAACAUGGAGACUGCCGAAUAAAUUUAAUUUGUAGUUUGAAUGGUAUUUCUUUGAUGAUUUCUGUCAGCUAAUGUAAUACUUGUUCGCAUUUUACACGACCAAUAAAUCCUCAUUUAACGGGUUUCCGCGGCUAAUGUGAGAAGUUGGCCACUAGGUGGAGCUAGUGCCGCAGGUAAUAUUCGGAAGCAAACGACUUGUGCACAAUAUGCAAAAUUUGCAGAGGGAGAUAUAAUAUUAUGGACUGAACUAAGCUAAACUAUAUGCUUUUAUGAACAUACUGGUGUUCUGUAUUCUGAUGAUGGAACAUCCCCUGAACCAGAUCUUUGUUAUUUGCCAGUUUGCAUGGACGGUUAUAUUAAUCAGGGGUGUCGUUAGCCCUAGUUUAGCAAUACACACUUAGAAAUGUGUAUUUAUUAGCUUAAGUCAUACAUAACUUUUUAUAUUAUAUAUACAUAUAUUAUAUUGACAUCGCCACCCCAGUUAAUGUCAACCCCCCCCCAUCCAUUCAUCUCUAACCACGCCCCUGCUGUCUGUCCUUUUUAUACAAAAAACCCACAAAUUAUUGCCAUAAUAGUAAAGACUGAAGUCUUCUCAUCGAUUUGAAACUGUUUUAUAUACUGAUAUACUUUCAAACCAUCUAAGACUGUAUUCCUCACAAACGUGCUCAUUGUAGAUGUUUUUUAAACCUAUAUGGUUUUGGAAAAUGUUUCUUAAUUACAUAUAGUGUAUGGUAUUAUUUUACUUGGUACUGAGGUAAAUAAAUACAUUUAUUCGA